AUGGACAAUCCUUAUCUCGCGCACCACAAACAGAAGAAAGCAUAUGGAUCAGGCGCGACUAACGGAGAUGCGACCAGCAAAGAGCCACUGUUCGGUUUUGUACCGCGUAGGGUGAAAGGGGAACAAGUACGCAAAGCUCUGGAUGGCGAUAUUAACCCAUUCACGAAACAACCCCACACCCCGCAAUACAAGAAGAUCUUGGAGGCGCGCAAAAAGUUGCCGGUGUUUGGGCAGAUGGACGAGUUCAUGACGAUGUUUUCGAACAAUCAGAUUAUAGUCAUGGUUGGAGAGACCGGGUCUGGGAAGACGACGCAAAUACCGCAGUUCGUUUGCUUUUCAGAUCUUCCGCAUACGAGGGGGAAGAUGGUUGCGUGCACGCAGCCUCGGCGAGUCGCUGCGAUGUCCGUUGCGAAGCGUGUGGCUGAUGAGAUGGACGUUCAACUUGGCCGCCAAGUCGGGUACUCGAUUCGGUUCGAGGACAUGACCGAGCCUGGGACGACAUUCCUGAAGUACAUGACGGACGGUAUGCUUCUGCGUGAAGCCAUGAAUGACAACGAACUAUCCCGGUAUUCUACCAUCAUUCUGGACGAGGCCCACGAGCGCACACUCUCCACCGAUAUCCUCAUGGGUCUUCUCAAAUCCCUCGCUAAGCGUCGGUCCGACCUCAAAAUUAUCGUCAUGAGCGCCACGCUCGACGCUUUGAAGUUCCAAAAGUACUUCGGCAUCACUGGCGACGGGUCACAACCAGCCCCACUGUUCAAGGUUCCCGGUCGGACGCAUCCCGUAGAGGUCUUCUAUACGCAAGAACCCGAACCGGACUACGUCGAAGCCGCGAUACGAACGGUCCUUAUGAUUCACCGCGCUGAGGAGCCGGGUGACAUCCUACUCUUCCUGACGGGUGAGGAGGAGAUCGAGGACGCUUGCAAAAAGAUCAAGAUCGAGGCGGAUGACCUGAUGAACCAAGAUCCCGACUCUGUCGGCCCGCUUGUGUGCAUUCCCUUGUACUCCUCUUUACCGCCCGCACAACAACAACGAAUAUUCGACCCGGCGCCCUCUGCCCGUUCUGGCGGUGGGCCGCCCGGGAGGAAGGUCGUCGUCUCGACAAACAUCGCCGAAACGUCGCUUACCAUCGAAGGUAUCGUCUACGUCGUCGACCCCGGAUUUUCGAAACAGAGGGUAUACAACCCGCGGAUACGAGUCGACAGUUUGUUGGUAUCCCCUAUAUCGAAGGCGUCUGCGCAGCAACGAGCAGGUCGUGCUGGGCGUACGAGGCCCGGAAAAUGCUUCCGGCUGUAUACGGAGAAGGAUUUCAUGAAGGAGCUUGAGGAGCAGACGCACCCGGAGAUCCUCCGCAGCAACUUGGCGAACACGGUUCUCGAAUUGGUCAAGUUGGGGAUAAAGGAUCUUGUACGAUUCGACUACGUCGACGCUCCUGCGCCGGAGACACUCAUGCGCGCCCUGGAACUGCUCAACUACCUCGCGGCUUUGGACGAUGAAGGCAACUUGACUCCGUUAGGGGCCAUGAUGGCCGAAUUCCCUCUUGACCCUCAGCUCUCGAAGAUUCUCAUCAUCAGUCCGGAAUUCAAGUGUAGCAACGAGAUCUUGACCAUCACUGCGAUGUUAUCAGUACCGAAUAUCUGGGUUCGUCCCAACAACCAGCGACGGGAAGCUGACGCCGCAAAGGCGCUCCUCACUGUCCCGGACGGAGAUCAUCUGACAUUAUUGAAUGUGUACAAUAACUACAUGCAAAACCAGAAUGACAAGAACUGGACAUGGACCAAUUACCUCUCCGCCCGCGCCUUGGCUCAGGCUGAUAACGUGCGCGCGCAGCUGCUGCGGAACAUGGAACGGUUCGAGAUCGAGUUGAUGUCUAUCACGGAUCCUCGCAAGCUAUAUAUCGCCGUGCGUAUGGCGCUCGUGUGCGGCUUCUUCAUGCAAGUCGCGCACAAGGAAGGCGAGAAGGGCCAAUACUUGACGGUGAAGGACAACCAAGUCGUUGGCCUACACCCCAGUUGCGGCCUGGACGGCCAGCCGGAGUGGGUGAUCUUCAACGAGUUCGUGCUCACGACGCGACCGUACAUACGCACGGUGACCGAAAUCAAACCCGAAUGGCUGCUGGAGUAUGCACCACAGUACUACGACCUCAGUAGUUUCCCGGAGGGAGAGACAAAGCGAGCCCUAGUAAGGGUAGCGAAUAAGAAAGCAGGGAAGUUUGCCGGGCGGACGGACGAUGGAUCCGAGCGCGACGCGAAACGGAGAAAGAAGGCGAGGCAGUAGUUGUGGGUUACGGUGCUGGUACUUCAUUGGCCCGUUCUU